CACAUCACUAGCCACAGAAUGAUUCUUUCUAGAAGCUCAGCGCGCUGCCAAGACACCAUGACGCGGUGCACGCGUAGUGGCGCUGUGGCUACUAUUCGCAGAGCAAUCAAUUUCCCGCGUUUGGACGGCUCGGGAGCAGUAGAUCGCAAAAGACGACGCUCUCAUAGGGUGGCACAGCAGCAAUGCGCGGGACCAGCUUUGAGCUCUCUCGCCUGAUCGCGGAAGAGAAGUAAACACUGACGUCAGGCGCUCAACAGCUUCAUUGCACAUCGAAGCAUUGCUUGCUACAUCGUACAAUUAAUGCAUG